UCGCGUACACCCGCGCUUGUCUCACCUUUAUUUUUGGAAGCGGUGGAGUCGGCGUCAGCGGCGGCGCGGUGCCUGUCAUAAAGUGUUUGGACGUGCGUUUGUAUACGCGCGUGUCCCCGACCGAUCACGAGCGAUGGCGAUCACGCGAACGAUGACGACGACGACGACGUUCGAACAGAGGAGGAUGUUCGAUUCGACAUCGCUGACGAACGGCAACGGUACCCUCGCCGGGAUUGAGAAAGCGGCGCCGGCGAGCAGGUUCUGGGCGAAGAUUCGCGUCAACGAGUGGACGUUCAGUCUGAUGCUCUUCGCGUUCUCGCUCGCCAUCGUCCUGGCCAAGCUGUACGUGAAUUAUGGGACGUUCCCGGCGGUCUGAGUCGCCUCCACGAGGAGAGAAUCGUUGUCGCGUGAAACUGCGAAACACGACUGUAGAGAAUCGUUGCCGGUGCCGUUCGACGGGUCGGUCUAUCAGAGACGCGACACUUUUUUGUUUUGAUUACGUUUUGGAAGCGGGAUUGCUGACGACAAUGCGAAUAUCCGUCUUCGGGGGAAGCCUGCGUGCCGUUGCAAGCCGAUUAUCAGAUAGCGGGAAAUUCUUGAAUGCCAGUAAUCAGUAUGCAGAGGUAGCCACUGAUGUACUCGCCACUUUUUAUGGGAAAUACGGGUGGCUAUUGAAAGCGACGAUGAGCGGACUUGUGAUAACAGGUUUCACUUGGUUCAUCCUUUACAAGGACAGCAGUGAACCCGGUGUCAACCCACCGUCUCCUUUUAGUCCUUCUAAGCAGAGAAUACGUGGCAGCUCGAGGAUACAAAUAAAUUAUUUAGUCGGUGUGCUAAAUGGGAUAUUAUGUUUUGUCUACAUGUGUCUCUAAAUCAAUGGAAGAUGUCUUCGAUUUUUAAAGGAAGGUUCUAUUUUUUUUAUUUUUUUAUUUAUAUAGUAUUAUAUUUAUUUCACUAAUUUAUGUUGUCGGUGGCACUGCGUUUAUUUAUGAGUAGCUCUUGUAUACAAAAAAGGAUACUAAUGAUAGAGAAUCUUGGUUUUGUAGCUCUUUGUAGAUUAACAUGCUACGCAAUGCUUUCGUAAGUAACUGUUGUCUUCGAGGAAGUCAAAUCAAAUGUCGCAAAAACGCGUAGAAGCAUAUUUCCAAAAAUGCGAGGAACUUUGAAUGCGAUUAGUAUGCAAAGAACUCGUUCUACUUCCAUAUAUACUGGUAGUUAUCGCUACUAAUGUGCAGAAAGUAUUAAAGUGAGGUUGCACUAUACGCAACGACCAAAAACGUUGUAGUACAAAAAAAAUACAUACGGUUCCAUACUCUCUUUUCCAAAUUAUAUAUAGUUAGUAUUGUUGCUGUUUAAGACUGAUGAAUUAUCUGAUGAAAGGGCAUAUUUAUUGUAAGCUGUAUAGGAAUAAGUGUUGCGACGUACAAAUUUACUUUGUAUACAGAAUAUAUAUAUUUUUGCAUGCUUACUAAGGAUAAAUGGCUGAAAAAUAUGUAAGGCUAUGAGUGACAUUAUAUUUAAUAUUUAACACAUCGUUUUCUGGAUGUAGAACACAUUUUUGAAAACGGUUGAAGUCUCUCUUUAGGUAGCUAAGAAUAUCGCGAGAAGAAACGAGCUUCCGAGGCACACAUGUGCAAGUGUAUAUUUACGCAUUUAAAUAAUUUCAACAGAUUCAAAUGGAGAGUUCCAUGGCAGCUCUAAAUAUCAAGAUUGAAAUUACGACUUUCAAGUAUAAAUGUUUAUAAAAAUUUAUGACAUUAUAAAACUUAUAAAAAUUACAAAACAUUUUUUGUAAACAUUGGGGAACACAAGAAAUAAGUGUUAUGUUUCAGAGAAAAUUAUAUGAACUUAGAGUAAUUCUCAAAGGUUUAUCGCGCGAUAAGAGUCUCGUCUUUCCCAGUCGCAGGAUUAAUAUUACGAAAUAAGGUACGCUAUGAAAAAAUGUUUUAUUUUUUUAAAAAUAAGAUAUACUAACAUAGACAUUUGAAAAGAGAGAGUAUGUAUUAAUAGAGUAUAAGCUGCGCCUUAUUGUAAAUAUUAUUGCUGUACGCGUGCGGCACGAGUUCUUCGGCGUCCGCAAGAACAAAACCCUGUUUAAUAAAAGAUGAAUUACUUCCGCUUGUAA